CCCAUGUGUAUUUGGUUCUGUUACACACGCGUGUCGUCAGAUUUGAUUCAGAAAUAUGCGCGCUGUCGUGUGUGUUGCUUCUCCAUCAUAACAUCAGCUGGAAGACAUGGACGACCUUUCAGCUCAAUUUCAACACGAGUCGGCUGUGAUUGAUAUUUUAUGGAGGCAGGAUGUGGAUUUGGGGGUGGAGCGCGAGAUCUUUGAUGGAUGUCUCCGGCAGAGGGAGGAGGAGACCAUGAGAGAGAGAACAAGAGAAAGAGACUUGAAAAGAGAGAGAGAGCUUGAAAGGAUAAUGCAGAGGUUACAGAAACUAGACGAGGAAACUGGAGAGUGUUUGCCCAGCCCUUCAUCUGUGAACUCUCAGGCUGUGCCUUUCUCAGAAAUGUUACCCUCUACGAUGUCGAUUCAGUCUUCACCUGUUACCCAGAAUCCCUUGUUGUCUGCCCUGCUGUUUUCUCAGAAGCCUCAGAAGCUUCCUUCUCAGAAGCAGGGUUUCGGUGAGCUGGCGUCGCUGCCAGAUUUACAGUAUUAUCUGGAUGUCUUGGAGUCUGACAGCUCAAGCUUGCCCCUAGAGGACAUCGCUGAAAUCUGCCAACCUAACCUCCCCGAUCCACAUCCAGAAAACUCAACAGAUGCUUUCUGCUGCGUCAGUGAACUCACACAAGCCAUAUCAGACUCUUUAACAUGCCUGCCCUCUGAUCCAGUAGAAGUCCUGGAAACAUGCAUACAGACACUCUCGGACUCUAGUAACUCUAUGUAUUCCCCCUCAAAUGCAGUCUACAGCCCUGAGAGCGAACUCAUUUUACCGAAAAGCCAGAUAAACGAUUCGGUCCUCAGUGAGUUUUGCUCUGAGCUGAACACAUACACCAUUAAUGCUGACCAAUUAAACAUGGCGCCUGCCCAACAGACUCUCUCACAAUUCGAGGAGCGCCACGUUAUGCUGGGUUUUGAUGACUCGGCUUCUGUGGGCUCUGUAGAUUUAGAGACUUCCCUCUAUGAGUCCUUAAGUAAUGAACAGUCGGACAAAGACGAGCUGGAGAGCAUCCAAUCAGAUUACACUGAUCUGCUAUCGUUGUCCGCAGACGCAAUGAUGUAUGAAACUGUUACAAAUGCACAAGAACAAACGCAAAAGACUAGAGUUCGCCGCGGGUGUCGUGACGAACAGCGAGCCCAAGCGUUGAGUUUGCCUUUAAGUGUGCAUGACAUCAUUCACCUGCCUGUGGAAGCGUUCAAUGAAGCUAUUAGCACAUGUAAACUCAACCACGCUCAACACACACUUAUCAGAGAUAUUCGGAGGCGGGGUAAAAAUAAGAUGGCCGCCCAAAGCUGCCGCAAGCGGAAGAUGGAUAGUCUCUUCGGGCUCGAAGACGAAAUCGAGGACCUGAAGAGGAAGAAAGAUCAAUGCAUGGAAGAGAAAGAGAGGAACGCUAGAGAACUUUGUGAGACGAAAGAGAAGGUGGGGAAACUUUACAACGAGGUGUUCAGACUGUUGAAAGACGAGCAUGGGAACUCGUACAAUCCCAGAGAGUACAAACUACAGCUUAGCACUGACGGCACGGUUUACCUGCUGCCUCGUAACACAGCUCACAAGAACAAGAUGUCAACAGGGGAUUUAAAUGUUGCUGUAUAACAAUUCAACGACUCUAUCUGUGGUUU